CUCUAUGAACCAGCGAUUCCGGAAGAUUAUUGGCUCGACCCGUCGAUCGAGCAGCAACAACAGCGUCGCCACCUCCCGCAGCUCCAACUCGACCACCAACCUCGCUCCCACCGCCGCCUCACCGCCCGCAGCCCGUGAGCGAUUGAGCGCUGCGAGCACGAACGGCACCCUCCCGCCCUCCUCGUCCGCCGGCAGCACCACUGCCCCCAGCACCGCGCCGACCUCUCAGAGCAGCACUGCGCCAGCAGUAGGCAAUCCCAACGCCUCCUCCACCUCGCUGCCCGCCAUGAAUCCCAGUCAGCAGCAGGCGCCGCUUGGCAGGCCUCCGUCAUAUCAACCCUCGAGCCCAAUGCCUCCGCCGCCCAUCAACACGGGCGGUGGACAUGCGUACGCUCCACAGCACGCGCAACAGCUGUACAACCAGCCCGCUCCGCCCGGCUACCCAAUGCAAGGCCAGCAGCCUUAUGGCUACGGCCAGCACCCACAAGGACCGCACUCAUACGCUGGCCCACGACCAGUGGGCGAGAUGGAGGGCAGCCAACGAAGCAAAGCACAGCUGAUCGUUGGCAUUGACUUUGGUACCACAUUCUCUGGUGUCGCUUUCGCCUUUGCGACCAACACUGAAGCCAAAGAGGAUAUCAUCGUCGAAUGGCCAGGCGCAGGCACGCAAACGAAGCAAAAGAUUCCUACUGUAUUGUACUAUGACCAGCACCAACAGGUCGUCGGAUGGGGUCCAGAUAUCGCUGAGGCCCUCGCGCCAACAGGCUACCCAAAACCAGGCGUGCAAAAGGUGGAGUGGUUCAAGCUUCAGCUGAUGCUUUCCGGAAACACUUACAUCGACCCAAUCAACCUGCCACCGCUUCCACCGGGCAAGUCCGAGAUCGAUGUCGCCGCAGACUACCUCUUCAAGCUCCGACAAGCCAUGAGAAAUCAGUUGCAGAAGACACUGGGAGAGGUGUUCAACCGAGAAGAGCGCAACAUUAGGUACUUUUUGACAGUGCCUGCCAUUUGGAAUGAUGCCGGAAAGGCUGCAACGAGAGCGGCUGCUAUCCAAGCUGGCUUCCUCCGCGACGAAAAUGAUAACCGUUUGACUCUGAUAUCCGAACCUGAAGCGGCAGCCAUGUUCUGCUCCAAGACCGGUCUCUUAAAUCUCAAGGUGCACGACGCCGUCCUGAUUGUUGACUGCGGUGGUGGUACAGUUGAUUUGAUUGCCUAUGAGGUUGAGGAAGAGUCACCUUUCACGGUGGCAGAAUGUACAGCUGGUUCGGGUGACUCGUGUGGUUCCACAGCUCUCAACCGCAAUUUCUCCAACAUUUUGCGGGCGAAGAUCAGGAAAAUGAAGCUGCCCGAUGGCUCCAAGACCGCAGGUAAGGUCUACGCCAAAUGUAUCAUGGACUUCGAGAACCGAAUAAAGGCCGACUUCCGUAACAACGGCCAGAAGUGGGCUGUGGAUGUUGGCAUUGAAGCGGAAUUCCCAGACGCCGGCAUCGAGGAAGGUUACAUGACGUUCACGAACGAGGAGAUCUUGCAGUGCUUCGAGCCUGUGGUCAACCGCAUCUUGGAACUCGUCAGGAAUCAAAUCAUUGCUAUUCAAGCACAGAAUCGAUCGUUGCAGAAUGUGCUCGUCGUUGGAGGUUUCGGUGCCUCCGAAUACCUUUUCCAGCAGAUCAAGCUGCACGUGCCGCCACAGUUCCAGAACAAGGUGGUCCGACCUAUGGAUUCCGUGGCCGCGAUUGUUAAGGGAGCUGUCACCGCUGGUAUUACCGAACGUGUCAUCACAUCACGUGUCGCAAGAAGGCACUACCUCAUGGCGACUCUGCAGCCGUUCAAAGAGGGUCAUCAUCCCGAGCAGUACCGGGUGCCAUCCCUCGACGGCAAGGAUCGCUGCAAAUACACGCGUCAAAUCUUCGUGCAAAAGGGCCAAAGAGUCAAGAUCGGCGAGCCGGUCAAGGUUUCAUUCUUCCGACAGGUCGCACCUGGCGCCACGCUCAUGUACGAAGAUGUUUUGUACGCUUGCGACGAGGACGUGUGCCCAGAAUAUACCAAGGAUCCACGAAUCAAGGAAGUCGUUACCCUUACCUCUGAUCUGAGCCGAAAGAACUUGGAAAAGGACUUUGAACGCAUGGACACUCCUCAAGGCACUUUCUACCGAGUCUACUUCGACAUUUACCUCACCCUUGAUGGGUCCGAAUUCAGUGCAGAGCUUGUUUGCCAAGGCGAAGUCAUGGGUCGUUGCUCCGCCAGAUUCAGAUAACCGUCCAGCACCUCAAACCACAGCACGGCGUUCGGGUCCAGCAAAUGAGAAAAGUAAUUAUGGUCAAUGACUAGUGAUGCGGCCGGAUAUCACGGCGACGGCGUCAAUAGAGUUGUUGGAUAGAAGGCAGGACGACGACGGCAGUACGAGCUAUGCGUCCCGACCUGGACCUUCGAUUGUUGCACAUACGGCCGACACAGCAGAAUUUGAAGAUGAGAUGCAAUGUAUACCCCCAUUGGAGCGACCGCCAUGUUUCGUGAGCAUCUUGGUAUUGGUUGCGCAACGCAUCUGGACGAACACUUGCACAGCACCCCCGACCCGCGCGCACACAGUCACGUAUACAGCGCGGCUCCGAUACUGAACGACCUUGCCGACCCUAGCAGGACUUGGCGUCGGACCACAGCUAUGACCAGUCUUAACAUUGGGCAUUGACGUAGUGUUGGGUUCAAUGGUAAUGGUUCUGGUAGUCACCGCAUUUGACGGAGUUGGUGGACUGGACUACUGCUGGUGUGCGGUGGAUAAUGUAGCAGUUGCGAGCUUCGUUGAUCAGCUUUUGUCGUUGAAUGUCGCCUUCCCUUUCUCGCACUUUACGUAGCCUUUUCAUCUCACUUUUUUUUGGUAGCUCGUGGAUACUUAUAAUCGAAGCACUCGACAUAUAAG